AUGACGUCGUUCAGCAUCAAGAAAUUCACGUGAAGUUGGUGGCGGGAGAUUCACGCAUGGUCCUGCUCAUGAUCUAACUUUUUCACUUUUCUGUUUUUGGUUAACAGUUUUCGCGUCUGGUAUAAUGGCGAUGCAACAAAACGGGUCCGCGUCCGACAUCCACAAACGCAACGAUAGAAGCGCCAGCAAUCACCCGAUAACUACAAACGGUAAUGAAGAAGUUGAGCAUCAACAGACUGGACGGUUCACGUUUAGCGCCGAACCCACUCUUGAGGACAUUCGUCGCAUGCAAGCAGAAUUCACAGACGAGAGGAAUUGGAACCAGUUCCAUCAGCCGCGGAAUCUGCUUCUGGCGCUGGUUGGAGAGGUCGGGGAGGUAUCGGAGCUGUUCCAGUGGCGCGGGGAGGUGGUGGAGGGACUGCCGGACUGGACGGAGCCUGAGCGGGAGCACCUCGCUCAGGAGCUUAGUGAUGUUUUGAUUUAUCUGGUUGAACUUGCCGAGAAAUGCAACGUUGAUUUACCCCGUGCAGUUCUGGGUAAAAUGGCCCUCAACAGACUCAAGUACCCAGCCAACAAAGUUCAUGGAUCAGCCAAGAAGUACACAGAGUAUAAGGACUGACGUGAUUUAUUUCAGUGCAGUCGCCAAAGACCUGCGUUUAAACUGAACAAGUCUUUUUGAGUGAUGGUGAGGUACUAUGUGCCUUAAAAGAGUUUUAAAGAAGUUCACUGUGCUCUCAAAGCUACUGAUUUUAUUCAAUUUAACCUUAAGUAAUAGGAACUGAUACCCUGGUCAAGAGGUUUUACGUUGAUGUUUUUUAUUCUAAUUCUGUUUAAAACCAAUUUACAUAUUUUUUCAUCAAUCCUAUUCAUGUAUUGUAUGAUGGCAAACAAAGUUUCAAUAUAGUUAUUUUAUGCUGUAUAGUUUUUUGCUUUGACAAAGUAAAAUGUUUUACAGCAUGUGGUGUUUGUGUAACUUUACUUUAGAAGAAAAUUAGUAUUCUUAAAAUACAUUUGCAUAUAGUUUUUACACCUGUCUUACUUACUCUCUUGUUGUUCCAAACCUGUACGUUUUAUUUGUUUAGUUGAACACAGAAAGAUAUUUGGACAAAUGCUUAUAGCCAAGCGGUCAGUGGACCCCAUUUACUACCAUAGUAUGAAUACUUACAAUGGUUUGGUAAAAGUGCCCCAGAACUGCUUUCUGUCCUACAUGCUUCAAAAUGAUGACUUAAUUUUUCUUUUUGGGUGUGCUGUCCUCAAAACAAAGUGGAGCAGACUCAACCGAGCAAUACAUUUCACUCAGGAAAAGGCACAAAAUGUGCACACACACUUUUAGCUUAAAGAAAAGUUUUAACUAGUCAGGAUUUCAUCAGGCACUGACCAGUUUAAAUGUUGCAUUUGAAUAAGGGUGCACCGAAAUAAAAAAUUAUUGGCCGACGCUGAAUAAAAAUGAAACUCUUCCCAAUGGCCGAACACAGUACAUGGCAUUUCCUAUUUCUACAGCAAAUUUAUUCACUAUUGUGUAAACUGAAUGUUAAAAAUGUGCUUUUUAUGUUUUGUCAUGCUUCUCAGUAUAAUACAAUAUAACAUAAAAAAGAGCAAAACAAGUAUGCUAAAUUAGAACCAAAAAUUUAGCCCUCUCCCUUCUUGAAUAUCCUAUAUUAGGCCUAUAACAAACAAGACUGCUGA